GACCUAUUAUAUUCUUUGACGUUAUCUCUCGACCGCCAGCUACCCGUCAAAGCAUUUGUCGUUAUCAUCCUCAUAACAAAUUGGAUGAUGUCAUUGACCGUUUUAUGGAUGACCAUCAUUGUCCUAUUCCGACAGAAGAUUGAUUCGGGGUUAUUAUUGGGCUCCACAACAAUCCUUUUCGCUUUACCCCAGAUCCGAGCAAGCAUGCCAGAUGCUCCACCUUUUGGCGCUUUCAUUGACAUCGGAGGUUAUUUCAUGAAUGUCUGUCUCGUGAGCGUAUGCACAUCAGUACUCCUCCUCACUCAACUACGCUACCACUACAAACCCCAAGCCCCACCUACGUCACAGUCAGCGCCGCCAAGGAAAAUGGAUUCACUGGAGGAGUAUCAGCUGUUACCGAUAACAACGAAGUAAUAUCCCACCCCGCUUUCAACAAUGGCCUGGUUCGUGCAAAGGAGAUAUUAAGUUCGACGUGAUGAGGUAUAGCCUUCUGGGGAGUGGUGGAAAUGAUAGCGAUAUGACGUGACAAUAAUAAGACUGUUACUCACCUUUAUUUACUGUAAACUAUAUAUUUGCGAUUUAGGUACGUGACCCUUCGAGGUCGAAAUAUGUUUAAAAGGUCUGAAGUCGAGCAAAAUGUUUGGGAGCUGGACUCGUAAACCCGCGGUUUCGGAAAAGAAGUCGACCAAUGGGCUCCCUAUCAGCGAAAAUCGAAUUAAUUGUUAUGGAAUGAAUAUGUUCUGCAGUGUUCC